AUGGCGAGCGGCAUUGGCGAUAAGGUCGCGCUCGCAAACCCGUAUGAGGUGCUCAAGGAGGAAGACGCCCUGCAGCGUCGGCUGGAGCGGCAGGCUGAGAGGGAACGGCGGCGUCGCGAGCGUCGGGAAAUGAAGGCGGCAGCAGCUGCGUCAGCUGCUGCUGCUUCAGCAGCAGCCACAGCAGCUGCUGCAGCUGCUGUAAAGGCACAGCUCUCCCCAGGAGCUGCCUCCCUGCUGCAAGGGGCCCGCUGGGCUGACGUCGAGGUUGACUCUGAGGAUGAUGGGCCCUUAGCAGUGACAGUGCCCCACCGUACUGCGGCUGGUGCGGGAGGCGUUGCGGGGCGCAGAUCACAGCAGCAGCAGCAACACCCAAGGGACGCCUUCUACUCGGACGUGGAGACAUCUUCAGAGGAAGAUUUCGCCAGCGAUGCUGAAGGAUACCCCAAAGGAGACUAUUUGGCAGCUAGCAGUAGCAGCAGCAGCAGCAGCGGAGAGGAGGAGGAAAGGCCAACGAGCAGAGAAAUACCAACCCGGUCCCCGUCGGAGGGCAGACGCAAAGCCAAAGGUGCGGGUGGGGCUGCUGCGGCUGACCCUUUGAAAGGUCUUAGCAGGAAGGAAAGGAAGCAACGCGAGAUGGAGGAGCUGGAACGGGCCCUGAAUGAGGCGGGCCUAACUCCAUCUGUACCCGUUGAGCCGAAGCCGCAGCCGCAACAGCAGCCACAGCAGCAACUGCCCAAGGCAGGAAGCGGUGCGAGCGAGAAGAAGAAAAAGAAAAAAGCCCAUCAACAGCAGCAACAGCAGCAGCAGCAUCUUGAAUCUGAAACUGAGGACAACGCAGACAUCCCAGCUGCACCUGAAGACCCUGCCAAGAUCGCGGCUCGUCUGAAGGCGGCAGCGGCAGCGAAGCGGAGCCCCGCAAGCAGCAAAGAUUUGGCAAAGAAAUUGGCCACCCAGGAGGCGCAGGCGAAGAAAGAGAAGGCGAAGAAAGAGAAGAAGCCGAAGCUCUUCUUCCCUCCAAAGCAGUGA